UAUCGCCCCCUGUGUGUAUUUGUAUGUAUUACAUUUCGAGAAUGGAGGAACUUGCUCUAAAGCUCAGUGCGGAUGGCAUCCAGAAAAAAGUCCUUUCUCCUGGAAAAGGGGAAAUCCCGGAUUAUUUGGAUGGCACAAAGGUGACGUUUCAUUACCGCAGCAGCCUGUGUGACGGCACGGUGCUGGAUGACUCCAGGACCAUGGGAGGGAAGAGUAAACCCAUGGAGCUCAUCCUGGGGAAGAAGUUUAAGCUGCCCGUGUGGGAGUGUGUGGUCAGCACCAUGAGGGUCGGCGAGAUCUCAGAGUUCACCUGCGACGUCAAGCACACGUCUCUGUACCCUCUGGUGUCUCGGUCUCUGAGGAACAUCAGCAAGGGUAAAGAUCCUCUGGAGGGACAGAGACACUGCUGUGGCAUCGCACAGGUCCACUCUCACCACUCACAUGGACACAGAGACCUAGAACAGCUCCAGACCAACCCUCAGCCUCUGGUCUUCACCAUAGAGCUCCUGGAGGUUUUGCCUGCAGGUUCAUUCGCUUUGGAGACAUGGGCAAUGACGGACGAAGAGAAGCUGGCCGCUGUGCCACAGAUUCAUGAGGAAGGAAAUGCACUCUUCAAGAAGGGAGACACGGCAGGAGCUGCAGAAAGAUAUUAUAACGCCAUCGCCUGCCUGAAGAACCUACAGAUGAAGGAGCAGCCAGGCGAUGAGCCAUGGAUUAAGUUGGACAUCAUGAUCACGCCGCUGCUGUUGAAUUACUGCCAGUGUAAACUGAUCCAGGGCCAGUACUACGAGGUGCUGGACCACUGCUCCUCUCUGCUCAACAAGUAUGAGGAUAACGUAAAGGCGUACUUCAAGCGAGGAAAAGCUCACGCAGCCGUGUGGAAUGAAGCCGAAGCCCGAGCUGAUUUUCAGAAAGUUCUGGAACUGGACCCUUCCCUUGGGCCGGCUGUGAGCAGAGAGAUCCAAGUUAUGGAGAAACGGAUUCGAGAGAAGGACCAAGAGGAGAAAGGACGCUACAAAAAACUCUUCAUCUCUGGUAGCACCUCAGCAGCAGCUACUACGAGCUGAAACCAGCGGAGACGCUUCCUGUAGUCGUCCCUGAAGAGACGCUCCGUUACUGAGACGCUGUAACACCUGAGCACAUGAACUCUUCACCAUUACAGCACGAGCAGCUUUCUUCAUUUAUUUCACACAUACACACACACACACACACCUUUGCUUAUUAACACCUCACACUAUUACAACACAAAAGAUCCCUGCAGUGUAACUUGGGCUGUGUCCCAAACGCUAAAGUUCUUACAAGGCAGCAUGAAGGAAAGGGCAGAGUGUCACACUGUGGUGGUGACGCUAGAUGUGACCUCUAGCAUUUGGGACACAGACAGACACGCCCCCUGAGACAGACAGACACGCCCCCUGAGACAGACAGACACGCCCCCUGAGAGACAGACAGACACGCCCCCUGAGAGACAGUCAGACACGCCCC